CUCCCGCGCGCCGUCCGCUCCCGGCGUGCCGCGCGCCGCCAUGGCGGAGCUGUUCGAUGGGAUCGUGAUGGCCGAGCAGCGGUUCCACGGGCAGGGCUACCAGGAGGGGCUUGCAGAGGGCAGCCACGCUGGACUGGCUGAGGGCAGGAGGUACGGAGCACUCCACGGAGCCAGGAUGGGCUCGGAGAUUGGUUGCUACCUUGGGUUUGCACUGACGUGGCACUGUCUGCUCCAGAAAUGCACAGAUGAAAAGAACAGAAAAAAGAUAAGGGCUCUGGAUUCAUUAAUAGGGAUGCUUCAGAAAUUCCCAUAUGAAGACCCCACUUACGAUAAGCUGCAAGAAGAUCUGGAAAAAAUCAGAGGAAAAUUUAAACAGGUUUAUUCCGUAUUCUCUUAGCUGUAAAAGCUGUCUGAGGGGAAGGCACAGAGAAGGCAGCUUAACCAACUGGCUUUUAAAACCAACUGUCUUCUGUAAUGGUGUUCUGGGACACAAAACCUUCCACUGAUGAGAAAGUACCAGCAAGCAUUGUGUGCCAUCCAACACCUACUUUGUUUUACCCUUUGUUCACAUGAACCACCAAAGGGGCAUUUUACUAUGACUAAUUUCCUUUAAUGUGAAAAAUAAAGUCUUCAGGCAGGGAAAAAAAUAUUUUGCUUCUUUAAAAAUGCACGUUGGUGUGACAGGCAGGCAGUUACGUACCCAUGGCUCGAAACACCCACGGUUUCCUAAAAUAGCAACAAAAGGUCUUCAGCUUUUAGAGUGUGUCAAACCUAGAAAAUGUCACGUGCUUUACUCACAGCACCAGGUAGUUACAACCAUUCAGCAUUUUCAAGGCAAUUAAAAAUAAAUGUAAAUUAAAAGACGACAACGGUUGGGUUUUACCAAUUUUAUUUCUAUUUCUUUAGAUUUUUUUGCUGGAAACUUGUCUGUUACAGGUCUGUUGGUGAAAAUGUGCAUUUCAGACCAGUGAUGCCAAUAAGUACAAUAUAAAAAUGUACAAAUCUGAAUUGCUUUUGCUUACUACAGAUUGUUAUAAUAAUGUGACAAAUAAAGCAUCUCUGUUGGCACGUGAACCCACUUAUCUGGAUUUGGCCUUUUUCAGUACAUACAAUAUUUCAAAAAAAUUUGCAGUACACACUACCACUCAGUGUAACACAUAAUAAAACCAACAAGCACUAAACUCAAUAAUCAUGUUUGGUUCAGAGACACAGAGAUGCCACAAACAGAAGUGUUUUAUGAGGUAAGCAGUAAGAAAUGUUCCUGAAAUUUGGACAGAAUAUAUCCAGUCCUCCUGGGUCCUGCGACUGCUAGUAGCAUUGCAAUGCUUAUUUAUGCACUAUGUAGGAUCUUAACUGCAUUUGCCUCAAAAUGAGUUCUAAUUCUGUUUUGGUUUAGCAGCAUACAGGCAACAGCUAGAUUAUUCUUCAGCAUACAACUCUGUUAGCUGGCUUAUUUAUGAGAUUUACAGGCUUUUUUUUAAAUUAGCAUUAUGCUAUAAUUAUAAAAAAAAAAACCAAAACAAACAAAAAACCCCUAGUAUAUCAUAACAGAUUAAACACACAAAAUACUUAGAGUUCCAGAAGAUAACCUAACAUACCAAAUGAUGUGUCCCAGCUGAGGGAGAACCACAUCAGGUGGCACACAAGAGUUAUAUUAUAAUGCACCUUUCAUAUAUCAAUGUGGCUAGUAACACAACUUAAAACUACUAUGAUAAUAAACCCCAGAUCAGACAAAGAAUCCAGCUUUAUAAAAUGCAUAACAAAAACAAAAAAAAAAACCAAAACAAAACAAAAAACCAAAACAAAAAAACCCCAAAAAAAUCAAAAAACAACCAACCCUUGAUAUUAAUUGAUCUUCUGAAAUGUCUGCUAGUUUUUAAAUUAAUGCAGAGACCCAUUCAGAGCAACGUUCGAUGCAUUUCCGUUUGCAGUAGAACUAUGAGGCACUGUAAGAACAUCAAAACCUGGUCUAGACACGGGUAACUGAAGUAUGAGGUAUUGUGAAACAGGAACCUUUUUUGGAAUAGAGCAGUAAUCACAUUAAGUAAAAAUUGAUCACAUAAAAAAAUCUACAAAAAAUGAUGUCAAUAAUAUAAUUUUCUAUGAGAAAAUUAAAACCUAUUACAUGGCAGUAUAUGACAUUGUAUAACAAAAAAAAAAAAAAGAACUGAUCCACAAAAUAGCAGCAAAACACAAUGACAAAGAUACAGAAAAGCAAUGUUAAUUUUUUUUCAAACCAUGCUGGGAAUUUAUCCAUAGCAGCUCAAUAAAAAUGGAGCAUCCACUCCUUUUGUCUUUUUCUUUUUUUUUUAUCUUUUGAAUUUUUUAUCUUUUUUCAUUUUUUUGUUCUUUUUUGUUGUUGUUAUUUUUGUUACAAUCAACACCUUAGCGGCAGUUUUCUCACAUACAUUUCACCAUCACAUUCUCCUCGAGCAUCAACUUCAACAGCUAUGUCCACGUCCCUUCAGCUACUUUCUAAAAUAAUAAUAAAAAGAUACAUAGCCAAGAUGUGCAAAUUUUCUAUUUGUAGCUAAAUAAAAAAAAAACAAAUGGGGCAUAUUCUGGAAUAAAAACUUCUUUCAAGUACUCCAAUUUUCAUAUCUAUUAACUAUGGUGUUUUUUCAUGGUUAGACUGCUUUUGAAAAUGUAUAAGAAGGGGCCAAAUAGACUGCCUGGUUUUGGGUUUGUUCUUUGAAGCAUAUCCUUUUUUUUGCUUUAAUAAGCUGGGUAAAAAAUUGCAACACCAAGGGUAGAAAGAUUUUCUUUUUCAAAAGGGGUGAUUGCAUUAAUUUACAAAUCAUACUGGCCUUAUGAACAUCCUCUGCAAUAAAUAUUCUUUUUAGCCUUAACUAUAAAUUAUAUAUUUUAGUGUUUAAAAACCUUCAGUUGUAAAAACAUCUAGCGAUAAUCCUUAAAACUAUGUGUCCUAUAUGUGAACCUUUAAGGCCCCUAAUUUAUAAAGAUGAGUUGGCACCAAAGGGUUCUAAACUCCAAACUUUUCUACAGAAAAGGAAAGGAAGAUAUCCUGGCAAUUUGUGAAUGCAAUUUUCUCUCACUGGAACACAACCUUCGGAAAAAAAGAAUCACCUCUCCUCUAACACCAUAGUUAAAUGCACUUGCUUUGCAAUUCCAAGUUUGCCAACAAGCACUUUAUAUAUUUCCAAACCAUUCCAUUAAAAAAAACAAACAAACAAAAAAAAAUUUCCACACAAUAAAAGAAUGUAUUUCCUAUAUCUAAUGGACUGAAAGUGCUUUGAAUGGAAUGGUUUCAGAAUAUUACAAACGAACAAAAAAAAAAAAAAAAAAAAAAAAAAAAAAAAAAAAAAAAAGACUCAACUGUGGAUUGAACCUGACUAUAAUUAGGCUGAAUAUCUGUGGGGUCAGAACAGCAUUUUUACACAGGUAACUACAAAAAUAGGAAGAUUACAAAAAUAUAAUAUAUUAUGUCACUAUUUCGGUUUCUCUUUAUAAUAGGGUCCUGUAUGAGUAGUACAUUGGCCUUUCCCAACCACACUAAGCUGGAACCCUACAAAUGCCUCAAUGCACAGGCAAUCCACAGGCACAAAAAAAAAAAAAAAAAAAAAAGAUUAACAUAUAAUAAUGCUGCAUA